AUGGCUCGAGUGGAGGAGUCUCACUAUCGGCGCUUGUUCCGUGAGUUUUUGCGCCAGAGUUACAUCAAUGGCCUGCAUCCGUUCCUCUACCAUUCACCCGUUCGUUAUGCCAAAGCUCUCUGGCUGGCUCUACUCACCGUCAUCGUAAUAUACACCCACAUUGUGAUCGCUAAUCUAACCCGGGAGUACCUGGUGCAACCCACCGAAAUCCACAUGUCCCCCGACCUGGUGCACGUGGCCAACAGUCCCUUUCCGGCGGUGGGAGUUUGCACCGCCAACAAAAUCAGUAAACGCCUGCUCCGGGAAUAUGCCGUAAAACUAUUCCAUCACCAGGGUAACUCCUCUCUGCAGGCGGUGGCCCUAGAUGUGGACGAUAUGGCCGAUCGCCUGCUGGUGCUGGCUCAGUUCUACCUGAACCCCCUCGAAAAAGAACGUUGGAAUGCCUCGGAGCUGGAUCGACUGCACCGGCUACUCUUAAGUUACUACAACGAUAGUGAAUACUCGGUGCGCGAUAUAUUGAGGGGCUUGUCGCCCGGUUGCGGGGAACUGGUGAUCAGGGGUAUUGUCUUCGGUGAAACCGUCAACGCCAGUCGAUUUUUCCUCAAACGAGCAACCUCCUCGAAUGUGUGUUGCAUAUUUAACUAUAGACGUGCCAGCAAUUCCCAUUUUGCGAGCAAGCGAGCUGAGGACAAUGCCGAAAUGAGAGCUUCUCCGAGGGUAGUCUUUGAAUCGAAUUCCGUAUUAAACAGCGUUCAGUUUGUGCUGCAGGAUACUCCAAAGGAAGAUCUCACGGACAUCCAAAACACCAAUAACGCUUUUCAUCUCACUAUUUUUCCCCGAGAGGACUAUGCCACCGUACAAUCUACCACUUUGGGAGAAGUGCUUGUGGAUCAUAGCACCAUAGUAGAAAUUCCAAUCCAGCCUAUGUUUUUUAGCUCAAGCGAUCAGGUUCGCGGAGUUCCGCCGCGAAUACGACGUUGUUACUAUCCUGACGAAGGAAGUCGAUUGUUAAACCAAUCGUACUACUCCCUGGACGAGUGCCUUCUGGUAUGCCGCAUGAAAAGCAUGUUCGAUCAUUGCGGCUGUGUCUCACCUCCCAUGGCGGCCAGUCCCAUGGGUCUCGCCUAUUGCAUGCUACCCGAUCUUCCCUGCCUGAUGAAGUGGAAAAGGAUUUGGUAUGGCCACAGUGAGUUCGCCCACCUGCAGACUAAGGAUGAGCAGUUGGCCCAACGGCAAUGCGAGCAGUGCCUGCCGAGUUGUAACGGGGUUACCAUGGGCAUCACUACCAAUGUGGCUCCCUUAAGAAGAAGUUAUAAAAGCACUGGAUACCUAGGCGGUAUACUAAAGGGAUUGACCAACGAACGACCGUUGGCCAUAAUAAAGCUUUUCUUUAAACUGCGUUUUGCCCAAGCCACCAAGUCCCAAUUGGUUAGCACUUGGGUUGUUCUUCUGAAUCGUUUUGGAGGCAUCCUAUCGCUUAUGUACGGCUUUAGCAUAAUCAGUUACAUCGAGAUUCUAUACUAUCUUACGGGAAAAGGAUUUGUCUACAUUUACAGAUCGCUUUCAGAUGAAAAGCAAAGGAAUCCCAAUUACUCUAGCUCCCUUUACUGGCAUGAGCUCAAGGCAAAGGGUGUUAAGAGCCUGCCACGAGAAGAAAUCCCUUUAAAAUAA